AUGGCUGACUCCGUGAUCUACACAGAAAUCAAGUUCAAAAGAUCCCCUGGUGAAGAUGCUAGGAUGACAGUGAGAACAGCACCCAUUAUCCAAACUGAAGCACAGCCCAGACUUACCUCCAAACUCUUCUGGAUCAUCGGGGGUGCCGUCCUCAUCCUCUUGAUCACAGUGGUAGGACUGACCAUAGAAAUCAUCCGGCUCCAUGGAGAACGGACCAGAGCCAGCGUCCAAUCCCAGGCAGACAGACCCCUGACUGAGACCCCAUCAACAGAGGUCCAGCAGGCCUUGUCUGGGUGUCCGUCAGACUGGGUACAGCACAAGGACCUGUGUUACCACAUCUCCAGCAUAAAGCUUACCAGGGAUUCAGCUCACAGCUCCUGCCUCAACAUCUCCUCUCAGCUGGCCGACACUGAGGACCCAGGAACUCUGGUGCGAACACCAAGCAAAAAAUGUGCAUCCCUGGAUCACCUGUAG